AGGACAUUGCCCUGUACUUCUCCAGGGAGGAAUGGAGCCUCCUGGAUGAGGGUCAGAGACAGCUGUACCUGAAUGUGAUGCUGGAGAACUUUGAACUUGUAUCCUCGCUGGGUUGAGUUACAUUUUAUCAGUGGUGGCCAGUAUUGUUGUGUUUACAUGUUGCUGCUGUGGAGCAGAGAAUGUGGAGGCACCAACAAAACAGGUUUCAGUAAGAGUGUCUCAGGGAAGGAAUCCCAAGGUAGCCUUGUCUUCCCAGAAGAGCCACCCCUGUGAGAGUUGUGGGCUCACCUUGGGAAACAUAUUCCAUGUGAUGGAGCUUCAAAGAAACAAACAUGGACAGGUACUUUUGAGAUGCGGGGCAUGUGCAGAACAGUUUUACUUUAGUGUAAAAGUUGACAAAAAGCAUGUUCGAGAGAAGACAUUCAUCAGAGGUAUAGACACGAUUUCACAUGGAAACAGUUGUAAUUUUGAUGUGUCCCAGAAUCGUUUUACAAGGAGCAUUGUUUUUCAAUGUCAUCAGAGAGUUCACACAGGAGAAAAGCCUUAUAAGUGCAGUGAAUGUGGAAAAUCUUUUACCAGCAAAAAUUACCUUCAUUGUCAUCAGAGAGUUCACACAGGAGAAAAACCUUAUAAAUGCAGUGAAUGCGGCAAGUCUUUUGCAAGGAGCAUUGUUUUUCAAUAUCAUCAGAGAAUUCACACAGGAGAAAAGCCUUAUAAGUGCAGUGAAUGUUCAAAAUCAUUUACUGGUAGAACUAGUCUCCAGUAUCAUCAGAGAGUUCACAGAGGAGAAAAGCCUUUUCAAUGCAGUGAAUGUGGGAAAACUUUUACCAAUAAUAACAACCUUCAUAGGCAUCAGAGAGUUCACAGAGGAGAAAAGCCUUAUCAAUGCAGUGAAUGUGGAAAGUCUUUUACGGGUAUCAGUGUCCUCAAAUAUCAUCAGAGAGUUCACACAGGAGAAAAGCCUUAUAAGUGCAAUGAAUGUUCAAAGUCGUUUACUAGUAGAAUUGGUCUCCAAUAUCAUCAGAGAGUUCACAGAGGAGAAAAGCCUUAUCAAUGCAGUGAAUGUGGGAAAACUUUUACCAAUAACAGCAACCUUCAUAGUCAUCAGAGAGUUCACACUGGAGAAAAUCUUUGUCAAUGCAUCGAAUGUGGAAAGUCUUUUGCGAGUAGCACUAGUCUCAAAUAUCAUCAGAGAGUUCACACAGGAGAAAAGCCUUAUCAGUGCAGUGAAUGUGGUAAAUAUUUUGUUCGUAGUACUAGCCUUCAUGCUCAUCAGAGAGUUCACACCGCAGAGAAGCCUUAUAAAUGCAGUCAUUGUGGGAAAUGUUUUAGCUGGAGCAGUAGCCUUCAUACUCAUCAGAGAGUUCACACUGGAGAAAAGUAUCACUGCAAUGAAUGUGGCAAAUCUUUUAGAAGUAGAAAUGGUCUUAAAUAUCAUCAUGCAGCUCACAGUGGAGAAAGCCGUGAUGAGUGCAAUUAAUGGGUGAUAUCUCUCCGUCAAAUUUGUAAAUUACCUCUUCACAAAAGAGUCUUGAUGAAAAAAGAUUCUUUUUUUUUUUAAAAUAUAUUUUAUUGAUUUUUUACAGAGAGGAAGGGAGAGAGAUAGAGAGCUAGAAACGUCAAUGAGAGAGAAACAUC